AUGGAAACAGAUAAGCCAAUCGACGUCGCUUCGCCCCACGAAGCAGACUUGACAGACAACAACAUCCAACAACUCCUGCUCGAGGCGGAAAACAGAUUGCGAACAAUUGCAACCCAUUCCGAACACCCGUCACCUAGGGUCCCUCAACUAUCCCAUGAUUGCGUGCAGCAAUCAUACAUCCGUCAAGAUGACAUUGUAACAACUGAUCCGGCUCGAGUAAAUGAUAAUCUGAAGAAAAGCACAUCUACUCUGCCACAUCCAGCACAAGACUCACCGGCAGAGAAAACCAAACCCAAGCAGCGCUUGAUGCAGCUUCACCAGUCCGUCUUGGACUGCGCUGUGCCAAUGAGAGUUCUAUUUUUCAUAGUUACUCUGAGCAUAAUCAACAAAGCUUCGAUGGUUCAUCGUAACAUGGUGUGGAUUGGGCUAACAUCUGUGUCGAUCAUCAAGGAAAAACAAACAGCAGGUGCCGACUGGUUCAAUCUCCCGAAAACUGAGUUGACGCCGGAACUCAAACGAGACCUGCAGAUCCUACGGAUGCGCUCAGUAUUAGAUCCUAAACGUCAUUAUAAAAAGGAAAAUGGCAAAGUCCAACCACCCCAGUAUUCUCAGAUUGGAACCAUUAUCGAAGGCCCGGGCGAGUUCUUCAGUGGGCGCAUUACUAAGAAAGACCGGAAAAAGACCUUUGUCGAAGAAGUAUUGGCCUCCGAACGUGAAUCUCGCCGUUUCGAGUCGAAGUACCAAGGCAUUCAGGCUACUAAAAAGAGUGGCAAAGGAGAAUAUUACAAAAACCUGCGAGCCAAACGGCAUAUGAAGGGCAAAUGA